ACUUCCCGUGUUGUCACCCAUUUAGAAAGCCUCAUGUGAGGAAUAACGAGAUCAUUCACAAGCUGUCAAGCCUCAGACAUGGAUCGGUUGUUUUGGUUUUCUCUUCUGCUCACCUACCUUCCAGUAACAGAGAGUAUGAAAAAAGAAGAGAGCUGCUUAUUACAGCCUAACAAGAUGAUCUGGCGGAAAACAGGACAAACUGCUGUUGUCAAUUGCAGUUCACAUUGUUCAGCCAGAGACCUGCGUUAUCAGUGGUUUAUUUUCAAAGAAAACUUCCACCUUCAUCUCAACCUGAAUAGCAAUUCUCUCAAGUACAGCCUGGACGGAGCAUCUUUAAACAUCAAGUCACUUGAUGCUAAUGACAGUGGGAUCUACUACUGUGCUGCAGUAUCGAGUGGACCCCCAACAGCCGGCGCCCAGCAUGUAGGGUUGGGUACAACUCUUGUAGUGAGGGAACAAAUUAAAACAAUGGCGAGGCCCAUUCUUCUGUGGGUAUCAUUUGUCCUCUUGGCCAUCUACAGCUUGGCAGUAGUGACACUUAUUCUAAAGAAGCAUGGUUGCAAUAUGAGCAUCUGCAGAAAGAAGUGCAAAACUGACAAGAAUAAUCCAACUAAAAAAGCACAAUUCCAUGACGUGCUACAAGAAAUGUACAGCAGACGGAACUUGGACAAAGGCAAAAAAACUGUGGGCAGAAACCGUUCUCAAGCUGAGUUGCAGGCUGCAAGCACAGAGUUCAAGAGCUCAACUGAUGACGUCUAUCAAAAUGUAAAAAUUCCACUGCCAUGAAACACCUGAUGGUGGACGUUGUUAUGUGACAGAGGAGAUGAGCACAUCAUCAAAGACUGCAAGUUAGUAAUUUGCUUGCUUACCAUUUCUCAUGAAGUGAGACAUAACAACCACAACAAAGGGCCUGAGUUUUUCAGUUUCAGCAGUGAUAGACAGACAGCACUCUGUUCAGGUGUUUGCAGUUUUAUCUACAUUAUGUCGAUUGUAAAACCACACUAGUGUUGACCCAGAAAAAAAAGAAGAGAAAAUCCAAUCCAAUACAGAAAUGUAGCCAAGUCACAUCAUUUUAAUCCACCGAUUUCGUUUCUUCCAUAUAUUUGGGAUAUUAGAAAGCUACAGGAUAGAAAAAAUAACUUGUGAAUUGUACUUUCAGGAAUAGAGAGUAGAAAGAAGCACAAAUAAUUCAGGAAACACAAAUGAGCAAAUAAGACUGUUAGAAGACACUGUCAAUUCCCUUGAGAGGAUUCAAUAUAAUAUUUUGAUAAUAUAUCAAGAUUAUCUAAUUAUUGACUAACGCUUUUCUCCACAAAUAAGGAAAGCACAAACUUGUAUCAACAUUCUGGGCAUAGUUGUGUACAAACUAAUCAAAUGUAAUCAAAAACCUUGGAGUAUAACAGAAAAUGUAACAUUCAAAUAUAAUUUCAUAAUAAGUUGAUCAUUAUAAACAAUGUAAUGACAUAAAAGACACAUUACAGAUGCCUUUACAUAUAAUGCAGUAAAGUUUAUGGUAAACAAAGCAGAAGGUUGUAUUUUUGGUGCUGGAGUAGAGUUUGCUCUAAAAAAAAUCAUCAUCAACUUACAGUAAGGCAAUAUCUCAACAACCACAUGUUUGUGAGGCAUUUUGCUGUGUCAUAUUCUGUACAAUGACUUCUAUAUAUAUUUGUUCACUGCAAAUACCAACAUAAAUAAUCCAACCAGUUAACAUUAAAAUUUACUUUAUAAAGUCACAGUGGAUCUUUACAUGUUUUUUUUUUACACAUUAUAGGCUGUGAUAUGACUUUUUUUUGACUCAUACUAUUCACUUAAACAUCCUUUGUUCAGAGUCUGUGUGCAUUCUUCCCUUUCUGCCUCCAAUCUCCCAUAUUUAAAAAGGGGCUGUACUCAAUAUUCAGAACAUUAAUAUAGCAGAAAAACAAAUAUUUGCUAUGUAAAGAUAUAGUGGAGUAAUGGCAUCCUGAGCAGAGAAGGAAGUCACACUCCCUCUGUGUGUGUUUCAAUCUGACCUUCUCUGUUCUUUGUAGUCUGAGAGCUGUGUGGAGGCAAUCCCAAACCAAUUUGUUUUCUGAAUAUCGAGUAUAGUCCCUUUAAGCUUAAAUGGUGUGAGCCAUGUUUUGACUGAAACCACUGAAGCUCUAAUGUUACUCAAAUACUGGUUAUAAGUCACAGUGAAAGUGUCUGUAAAAGGCCCAACAGUUGUAGAUGCUGUAAAAGCAUCACCUUGAUUUACUGCAUUCUGGAGCAUGGCUGGAAUGUAAGCUGCAAUUGGUAAUUUUGCCCAUGUGUACAAUAAAGAUGAUGGCAUUUACUGCACUGCAGCCA